GACCAAGAGGAAAGUCAAGUCGAUCACCACCACCAGAUAUCAACACUAGAACCUCAAAGAUACCAACCACUUCAAACAUCAUGACUCCAAACAUUUCAAAAUUUCUAUGUUGUUUAAUUCUAGCACUUAGUAUUCAAACUUUUAAUGUGAAUUGUUCGGACGAUAAACUACAAAUCGGUGUGACUCAUAAACCAACUGAAUGCCCUAUCAAAACACAAAAAGGCGAUAAGCUUUCGAUGCAUUAUACCGGUACACUUCAGAAGGAUGGUAGCAAGUUUGAUUCAUCACUUGAUCGAAACCAACCAUUUGACUUCACCUUAGGUGCUGGACAAGUUAUCGCAGGCUGGGAUCAAGGUUUAUUAGACAUGUGUAUUGGAGAGAAACGAAAAUUACGUAUUCCACCAAGUAUGGGUUAUGGAGACCGAGGUGCUGGUGGAGUUAUUCCAGGAGGUGCAACACUUGUUUUCGAAGUUGAGCUAUUGGGUAUCCUUAAUCGAAAAGCUCCAGAUGAAAGUGGUAAGAAAAAAGAAGAGCUAUGAGAUCUUUGAAAGGCUUUGUUCUAUUUUUUUAGGAAAUAGAGCCCCAGAAAAACAAGUCCAAAGGAAAUCAAUGAUGCAUUCUUUAUGUGACACUAGUGAGUAGUCCAAAGAAGUGGUAAUCAUAUACCUCAGCUCCCAAUUGUAGCUUCUCUUUAUGUCCUCAUCAAUAUCCCUGAACACUUUACCAUGCAGAAAGCUGUGUGUCAAUGCCUGGAAUGUGUGAGAGUCAGACUGCAUGUCAAUAUUGAACUAUCUCUUGAAGAUAAGUGUGGCCAU